CUGGAGGCAGACGGAAGUGAGAUUGUCGGAAUGGAUGUGAUGGUUUUGAAUUAAAGAACAUAAAUAAAUUAUGUUUGUGAUUAUGAUUGUUAAGCUUCCGCAAUAUUGAAAACUCCGUACUGUUUAUAUUAUGAAAAAUAUUAUUGUGAUAAAUAAAAGUGUUUGAAAUGUUUUAAAUUUUUACGAUUACCAAGUUAAUACUUUAAUCUGAAAGGGGCUGCAGACCUGGACAGAUUAGGGUGUUACAGCACUACGGAGAAAGAUAAGAGACUCCACGGAGAAUAGCUUGACUUGGGUGGCCUAGACGCCGAUGCCAAGUCUGGUGAUCGACAACGGCGACAUUGGCUUGUGCGGUUGUGGUGCGUCCUACAGGCCGUUGCGCUGUGUGGAAAGAGCCAUCGUCACCGUAGCUGCUGCCGUGCUGGGACCCUCUGCCAUGGGAUGCGCCACUGUUAUUGCUGCCGUGCUGAAACCCGCUGCUGCUGCCGCUAAUAGUCUGCCGACUGUCGCUGGGAACACCAGGCCGAGCAGCGACGAGAGCCGUGCUGCCGAUCGCAUCCAGCCGCGUUCGUCGUCUUCCUUCUCCGCCGACGCCGUCUCCUCGCCAAUCUUCAUCUAUCGCCAACCACUGCCUACCACCAAUUCCGUCAAGGGAUCUUCAAUCUUCUUCAAUUCCGUCGGCUUCACCCGUGGAAUCUUCAAUCACCGGACUCGCCAAUCUUCCACACCGAUCCCAGUGGAAUCUUCCUCGCCAACAAAAACAUCUCAAGGGCGUCGUCAUCCCAGUGGAAUCUUCCGAUCCGUUCAUUCCGUCGCUGUUGCAGCCAUCUCCUCCGCCCUCUCCCCGUCACCGUAUAAUACGCCUUCUCCACCGUCUCCAUCCAGAUACUCUGCCACCAUUGACUCCCGGUCCGGUCGGACGAACUAGUAUGAGUUGUUGAGCAAGUUAGUGGGAGGGACCAUGUGCUGAACCAUCUAAGCAUUCCAGCAGCACGCUUCACUCAUCCUGAAAUCAGUAUGGUUGGACUGACAGAGGUAUGAUUUCAAAUUUCAAACAUUUGAAACCUAGAUACCAUACAAUCAUACUGUUUGUAGUCUUUUUCCCUAUUGUUUGUUGGUUUUCCCUUUAUUUUAUCAAUGGCUUGACAUUUUGUUUCUUAAAUGGUGUCAUUUCAUUUUUGAGGUCAUUGUGAACUACCACAGUGCCGCCCAUUUGGCCUCUUGUAUCAUUGUAUGUAUGUCGUGGAUGUAGAGAUAAGAGGCAUUAACCAUGUUUACAUAAAAAAAUAUAAGUGUCACAGUAAUAUUUAAAACCGAAAGGGAAAUUGCCAGCGUCUAAAGGAAGUAGUGGGCUAUGAGUUCAUUUGCAAGUAAAACUGUGUGAACAAAUUUUCUCCUGAGAAAAUGCUAUUGCACCUUAGUAAGUUAUUCU